GGGGAGCGUAAUAUAAAUGAUGGACGCAGUCGAGCAGGACGGUUGAAUCUUCUGAUGAUUCGGCUAUGAAAGGGCUCAUCCGUCCUCACCCGUUCCUAAGCGAUAUAAGUCCGGAUACAGUUCCCAUCCGAACAUUUUUUGUUCCCGUCGCCCACCUUCCCCGGACAACGACCUCCAACGACCUCCUCGCCGCCGUCCUCCCCCUCAAAAGCGCCGCAAUGUCAAGACUCGCCGCACCCACCGCCCUCGCCGCCGACGCCUUCUCGUCCCCGCUCAUCGAACCGCACUCCAUCCCAUGGGACGCCCACCUCCAGCCGAUGGGCAUGCUCUACUCGCCUGCCGCACGCGCAGCACAUGCGCAGGCCCUCGCGGGUCUCUACGCGAUGGCCCCCUCGCCGCCGCCCUCCGUGUCGAGCAGUGGCACCCGCCCCGCGUCCCCCAUCGCGCACGCGAACGUGCUCAAGAGCAGCCGUGUCCCCUCGCCUGCGACGGCCCCCGAGCAGGCCCUCUGCCUGCCGACCCACCAGGUGUUCGACAUCCCACCCGGUGGCUUCCCCGUCGAGCAGUCCCCGUCGCCGUCGCCGUCGCCGUCUCCCCCGCCCGAGGGAGAGCGCCAGGAGUCGCAGUCGCGUGAGCGUCUCAGCAUCUCCAUCAAUCCUAGCCUCGCCGCCGCCGCCGUCCCUGCGAAGCGCGCAUCAAGCACCGCCCCGUGCUCGAGCACGAGCAAGAAGCCGCGCGCGACAGUGUCGACGAAGGACUUUGUCCCGCCGGACGUCUCGGGGCUCAGCAAGCGCGAGGCGCGUCUCGUCAAGAACCGCGCCGCCGCGUUUCUGAGCAGGCAAAGGAAACGGGAAGAGUUUGAGACCAUGGAGAUACGAGUGGCGGAGCUUGAGGAGGAGAACGCGCGGUUGCUGGCGCUGAGCCAACAAGCGCAGCAGCCGUCGCAAGACGAGGAGCUUAUGUCGGAGGUUGAGCAGCUAAGGAAGCAGCUGGCUAAGAUGCAAGAGAGGGAGCGUACGCUCUCGGAAGAGCUCUCGCGGAAACAGCGCUCGCCAUCCCCGGCGCCGUCCUCCACUUCUUCAGUGAAGUCGGAGGGCUCGGAGCCAGCGCUGUCUGCACUGCGGUCGACGCGGAUGGACAGGUCCGGCGCGAGCCUUGGACUGAUGGUGUUGCUGUGUGCGUUGCCGACAUUGCUCUCGCUGCCGUCGCAUUCGCAUUCGCAAUCGGCCCUGCCGAGUACGUUCACGAUGCCGUUGUCGCACGCAACGUCCGCGCUGCCAUCGUCGGCGCUUGGCAUGCAGUCAUUCGCCCCGGCGACCUCGGACUUUGAUUGGCUCGACGCGAUGGGCGCGAAUCCCGGCAUGGACUUUGACUUCAACAUGGACUUCUCGAAGGAGGACAAGACGCGGCUCGCAUCUGCGGCGGUUAAUGCGGCGACGCUUUCCGGCAGCAAGCUUGAGUUCGUCAGCGACGACGGCGAGAGCCAGCUCCCGCUCGGCGACCUCGGUGCGCUGGACAUCAGCUUCGACGCGCUGCCCUCGGAAAACGGCAAGAUUCGUGUCCGCAUCCACCCACCCUCGACGUCCGCCAUGCCCCCCGCUGCCGAGUCCCCCGCAUCAUCACAAUCAGACGAUGACCAUGUCAUGUCUAUCUCCGAACCCAGCAACGCCCCAUCCCCCGCGAGCCAGGACGCUGAUGCACUCGGGCCAUUUUUAGGCACGGGUGCGAACGUGGACUUCAACGCGCUGAUGGGGCUGAACCGCGAGGACGAGCUGGCCGGACUAGACCUCGACUGGGACUCAGUAAGCGGCGGCUUCUCGCGCGCGGGCUCGCCUGGGGCCAAUGGUCGUCGGCGAGUACGCAUCGCGCUGAGAAGCAUGCCGGGCAAGGGCCGUGAGGGCGGCGAGUGGGAGGUGGAGAUGUGCUGACGAUUGAUAUAGCUUAGGGUUCGUUUUAUUAUUUGGUCUAGUGUGCUUUCCGCUUCGCCGUAUUCUUCACGUCCCCAGUCGGGCGACUCCGUUUUCCGUGAUCAUGCACCGACUCAUACAGCUUGCGCUCACGGCUCGCGCUGCGUGUGCUCGCUGGUAUAAGUAUGGUAUCCUUAUGCGGUAUGUUCUAGGCUAUGUCUCGUCUGCUCUCUCGCGCAUCGUAUGAUACUCUGCAUCCUCCUGGUUCGCUACUCGUGAUAGAUCGCAUACCCCGCCGUUCUUUUUGUGUAUUGUCGCCCCAGUAUAGUCCUUGUUUUAAUAGCCAUACAAAAGGGUAAGUAGCGUACGUAGUCCGUUGGAAUAGAUCGAAUGGCGUUGAUCUCUUCAAAA